UUGACGUCUGAGUCUGUCAAGCAUAUCAUUUUAUUAAUCAAUUUCGGGAAAUUCUUUUUGACAUUUUCGUUGAGUACGUUUAUUGGCAUGGCAGUCUGUGGAGAGUAUAUUCGAAGUCAAUUUCCUACGAUAGAUGAUGAUUUGUAUCAAUAUGUGGAAGGUAUCUUAGAUAGCUCAAAGGAUGAUUUUGAAGACGGUGAUGAGGUAUAUGAAGCAAUAGGAGAAGUGCUACACGAAGUUGCAGAAAAACCAGAGAAUGAGGUUAGGCAAAUAUGUGUAAAACUACUGGAAAUGUUGAAAGGUAAUUCAGACGACGGAAGCGUCGAAAGAAGAAAAAAUGGGGUUAAUAAAGUACUGAAUGCACCUAUUCAUUUGGGAACCAUGGCUGCUACUUUGGAAGCUCAAGUAGAACAAAUAAAGAGUAUAUGGGUUACUACUAGAGAUGAUGCCAUGAAAGUGGAUGCCAAGAAAUUAGAAAAGGCAGAGGCGAAGUUACAACAGAAACAGGAGAAAAGAAGUAACACUGAAUCUAGCGGGCGUGUGAAUACUAUAAGUCAUGGUAUAGAUUCUGCAAGUGCAAGUCAGAUGACAAGUAAAAAGGAUAGUAGGAUGGAGACCAAGGGCGGUGUAAAUAAAACUCAGGAUAUUAGGAUAGAAAACUUUGAUGUAGCAUAUGGAGAUAGAAUAUUAUUGCAAGGAGCUGAUUUAACACUUGCAUUUGGUAGACGCUAUGGCCUUAUAGGUAGAAACGGACUCGGUAAAACUACGUUAUUAAGAAUGAUAUCUAGUAAACAACUAAGAAUACCAUCCCACAUAAGGGUUUUACAUGUAGAACAGGAAGUAGCUGGAGAUGACACCUCUGCGCUCGAAUCUGUAUUGGAAUGUGACCAAGAAAGAAGUAUGUUGCUUAGCAAAGAAACAGAAUUACAAGCAGCGAUUGAGAAGGAAGGUGGUAAGGCGGGUGACGCGUUAGGUGAAGAAUUAGCUAGAGUAUAUGAAGCAAUGCAGUUAGCAGAAGUGGAUAAAACACCAGCUAGAGCCAGUGCAAUUUUAUCAGGACUUGGAUUCUCCGUCGAGAGACAAUCGUGGCCAACUAAAGCCUUUUCUGGUGGUUGGAGAAUGAGACUGGCGCUUGCAAGAGCACUAUUCUCCAGGCCUGAUCUCCUGUUACUCGAUGAACCGACGAAUAUGCUUGAUAUUAAGGCAAUCUUGUGGUUAGAGAAAUAUUUACAAUCUUGGCCAACGACUUUACUUGUGGUUUCACACGAUAGGAAUUUCUUGGACACGGUUCCCACUGAUAUACUAUACUUGCGUGGACAGAAAAUAGAAGCAUAUAGAGGUAAUUAUGAACAGUUUGCCAAAACUAAAGGAGAACGUGAGAGGAAUCAGCAGAGAGAAUACGAAGCUCAACAAGCUAAAAGAGCACACGUGCAGGAAUUUAUCGAUCGGUUCAGAUACAAUGCAAAUCGCGCUUCUAGUGUACAGAGUAAAAUCAAGAUGUUAGAAAAAUUGCCAGAACUUAAACCUAUGGAAAAGGAAGGAGAAGUAACAUUACGCUUCCCAGAUGUUGAACCAUUAAGUCCUCCAAUAUUACAACUCAACGAAGUCUCUUUCAGUUACACUGGAGGAAGCGAUAAUUCGUACAUAUUCAGCGGUGUGAACUUGACUGCCAGUUUGCAAUCUCGCAUUUGUAUCGUUGGAGAGAAUGGUGCCGGUAAAACUACACUCCUGAAGAUCAUAACAGGUUCAUUGAGUCCCACACGAGGCACGGUGCAUGUUCAUAGGAAUUUGAAGUUUGGAUAUUUCAGUCAACACCACGUAGAUCAAUUGGAUAUGCGUGUGUGCCCUGUAGAAUUGUUGCAAAACCAUUUUCCAGGAAAGCCAAUUGAAGAAUAUAGGAGAAUGCUUGGAAGCUUUGGAAUCAGUGGUAACUUGGCUCUACAGACUAUCAACUCUUUGUCCGGUGGACAAAAAUCAAGAGUCGCAUUUGCAUUAAUGUGCGCCGCUAUGCCAAAUUUUUUAGUACUUGACGAACCAACUAAUCACCUUGACAUCGAGUCCAUCGAGGCUCUAGGCAAAGCACUAAAUAUCUGCCAGGCUGGAGUAAUACUAGUUUCACAUGACGAAAGAUUAAUUCGCAUGGUGUGCACAGAAUUAUGGGUAUGCGCAGAAGGUUCCGUUCGGUGUAUCGAAGGAGGUUUUGACGAGUAUCGUAGGAUUAUUGAAAAGGAACUCGAAGUAUAAAUAUUGAUUUAAUUUAAUUGCACUGUCAUUUUUUGCAUUGUCCCGAGAGAUUAAGUUACCGAUGUGAAAAUUUCGAAUUAAUUUAAAUAAAUGUAAGAACAAACGAACAUUUCCACUUAUUCCGGGACAAUAGACAUUUUUUUGAUUUAUUUAUCGACCCCGUCGAAAAGAUUACAUUACCUGUUUUAAACAAAAAUUGUGUCCAUUGUGAAUGAUAUUUCAUUGUCAACGUGAAAUUGGCAAAAUAGACUGAGUCUUCUUCGAUUUACAACAAGUAGAAUUAGGAAAGUUUCACAUCGUUCAACU